UGUGCGUGUCAGGGGACUCGAUCUCUUCCACUUGUUGACACGGUAUUGGUUGUCAGUUUGGUUUAGUAAAGAAAGUGGCCGUUUAGCGUGAGGCAAUAGGUUAUUUAUAUCUGUGUGUAAUGAACACCAAGCACCUUGGACCCUCCAGUAAAAUACCAGAACCAGCAGAAAUGUUUUCCCUCGAUCGGGAAACCACAAUUUCAUGAAGCAGUCGUAGGCCUACGUUCCUCCACAGGUGCUGAGACAGUUAGCUUUAGCGACGAAGCGUCAACAGCUAGCCGCCUGGUUUUAUAAAUAGUGGCACAGGCUGUUUGUUUCAUCCGACUGACACUCGACACCAGGGGAUCUUUGAAGCCUGCAUGCUAACCCAAGCCCUCGGUUUGUUCCCAAUGGUGGACCCUCGCUCUGGGACCAGUCCGCUAUUUCGGUCUGGACUCCGGCACCGAGUUCCGGUGGCCGCUUCUGUGAUCCGCCGCUCGGAGGCCCCACAGUGGACCAUACAAAGUUUUGUUUCUGCUGUUUUUUGUGUUUAUUUGGAAGUAACGGACUGGCCUCAAGACUCGUGGACAGUUUGCUAGCAGAUUAAAGUUCCCAAGGCCUGUUUAAAAGGAUACCUUUUUUAGGAUUUAAAAAAAAUGGAAAAGUGGAGGGACAUCACAGAUUUCAGCAGUUCAAGUUUUCCGAACAGACGACACCCGAGAUCCACAAUGUCUUAGGAAAACCCCAGCAGCUUCCCACACCAAGCCACUGCCCCUGGCUGCAGCGUGCACAUCCCACCGCGACAUCCGCCUGGACUUUGGCGACCUGUGUUCAAAGGGUUGAAUUCGCAUGAAUGACUUGUUGCCGACCCCGGGGACCGUGAUCUGUGCGUUGGCAUCAUGAACUCGGUGGAGAAGCGCCACUCGGGUCGGCGGAGCAGCGGCCACCGGAAGCACAGCGACGGCGGCUACAGCGACAGCUCCAGUGCCGGGUCGUUCCCGGACGAGACGGACCGCGAGGUCAGUAACCUGACGGACCGGGCCUUCAGGAGUCUGUGCAUCGGAGACGAGGCCGUCUACAACGACUCAGACCUCUCGGCCGCCUCGCCCUCCGGGCGGACAGAGAGACAGCAGGCCUUCUGCCAGGGCGGCCGGGGCUGGAAGAGGGACGACGCCAAGAGAGCGGCCCAGGAGCGCUACGGCCCGGAGGGGCUGCCUGGAGCCGAGAGCCAGGGGGACCCAGGUUGGGCGGGAACCCUGGACGGGAGGACGGGGGGGCGGGUGUCUGAAACGUUCCAGCAUGCCCUCAUGGAUGGGUCACUUCACCAGAGGUCUCUGAACAGAGAGCCGGCGUCUCCUCUUAGCAACGGAGCCCCGGAGUUCAGCACCCAGGAGCGCCGCAGUCGCUCCAGAGUCUCCUCUCUCAUCAAGGCCUUUAACUCCGACGGCGUCAGGGAUGGAGGGAACGAGGGAAACUGGGAUAGGUCGGCUCAGAUGAGCAUCCAGAGGGACGUUUCAGAGAUUUCUACGGCCUAUGGCCAAAACGUGAACAGCACCCCCUUCUCUCCCUCCGGCCCGUGUUCCUCACAGACGAGCUUCUACUCCUCCCAGGUCGCCACGGCUCACCUCGACUCCUCCUCGUCCUCUUCCUUCAUGAGGUCCUCCCACAGUCAGCACAGCGUGACCUCCCUGUACAGCUCCAGCGUCCCCAACGUCUUCAUCCACAGCGAGUACAGCCCGUUCAGGGUGUGGCGGCGGACGCACGACCGCUACCCCUACCAGCACGGGGACGUCUCCGGGUACAUGGACCGCUCGGGUUUCCAGACGUGGUACGAGACACCUCUGUACAAGGAGCUAUCCCUAGGACCGGAAACACAGCGCGUGCCCAUGCAGGAGCAGUGGGCCGCCGAGCCGCCCCCGAGGAAACCCCUGGAGCACGUGGCGCUGCCCCCGGCGCCGCGCUCCAGCUCGACGUCCACCGUGCUGCACACAGCCUCCGCCGUGCAGAAGCGCUGUGAGUCGGAGCUGGCCGAGUUCCACACCAUGAGGAAACGGACGCAGAGCCUCGGGAACAACAAGCCCCCGUCCCAGCGGCCGUCCACCGUCUCCCCCACCACCGAGAUGCGGCGGCGGGGGCGGGCCACCACUCUGAACUCCAUCACCGACCUGCAGCAGAAGUUCAGAACGAUGACCUCGGAGCGCGGCGUCACAGCGGAGGUGAUGGGGGAUCCGCACGGUGCGCUCCCCGGAAACGAUGGCUUCAUUCAAUUCGCAAACUGCAACAGCGCCACCGCUGUGGCGGGGGCAGCGGUUGCCGGCAGUAACGCACACCCCGCUCCCUUCAGCGCAGGCCAGUCACACACACUGGGUGUCUGCGCCCCCCAAGAGGUGAGGGCAUCAGAGGUCAAUCAGUGCGCCCUCUCGCCCCCCGCUAUGGAACAUGCCCCAGUGCGGGCAGAGAGCCGCGGAGCGACGCCCGACGUCAGGCUGUCGGGCUACAAAGCCAGGGCCACGAGCCUCCUCUUCAACCUCAGGGACAACAGGAAGAGCGUGAAGAGCACAUACAGCCCUCCUAAGUUCAUAGGUCUGGAGAACUGUGACAGGAACAAGCAGGUCAUCAAGAAGGACGGCAUGGAGCCCAGGGACACGGUUAUAAACAUACCCGAGUUCCAGGAUUCAGACCUUCCCCAGGUGGUGAUGCAGCAGGGACCCAGUGUGGACCCACACACCCCCUCACACCCUCCGUUAACAGGCUAUCAUAGUCCUGGGGUAACGGCAUUCAAUCCCCAUCUCCCCGCAGCGUACCCGGUCCAACGGAAGGACUACGUUUCCGGGGAUUACCUGAAACCUCUCACACAAAGUGAGAUGUUUCAUCACGCUGGAGUCAAUAGUUACUCUCAGUACGAGUACACAAGCACUCCGCUCGCUCAUGGACAUGUUCAGCAGCAAGAAUGCGUCCCGUCAUUUGCUAACAAAAUGCAUGCAAACAAUAUGAGUAAGACCGCAACUUCAGUAGGCCACCAAUACCGACAGGAAAAAGACAAUCAAUCAGGCAUCUCUAAUACGAUAAGCAUGGCUGCCUCUCCACAACCAGAUGCUAUUUACUCAGCAACAGAGCCGCCUAGAUUACAUGUUGAUUAUACAAAUCAAACAGCAUAUCAAAUGAAUACGGCAAGUGCUAAGCAGUAUUUGAAAGAAUCAACGCGGGGAGAUCUGACUCAUGUCGAUAGAUAUGAGCAAGUGAAAGACAACAAAUACGCUUUCAGUGACCUGUCCUCAACAGACAGCUGGACACACCAGUGUCGGGAAAAAGAGACUCCCUAUGUGAUGGACAAAUUGAACGUUCAAUUGCCAACAGAAGCCGCUCCCUUGACAGAAAAUGACCCAAAUGCACAAUUUUACCCAGAAAUGGAUAUGUUGACAGAUAUGUUACUUUUACCACCACCGGAAUAUGGAUCUAGCGAAGAUUGGAAUAUGAGUAGCACUAAAGCGCAAGACAACUUGGAGUUUGAUGAGAGCAAAGCUGAGGGAUUCCCUGUUUAUCCACAAAAGGAUGGCUUGCAUCCUCCUUAUCACACAUUGGUGAACCCUUACCUUUCAAACCAGACAAACCAAGUGCAGCAAUAUACUGCAUGUAGUACUCAGUCUACACCUGGAGAUGCUGCAGCCAAUGAAAAACAGCCCAGUAGAACAUUACAGGAAUAUCGAGUUCACAAUCAGCAAGAUGGAAUAAAGGAAAUCCAGUCAACUGAAAAAUACCCUCAAAUUAGGGGUACAGAGCAAGAACACACAAAGCAAAAGUCAUAUGGUGCUGAUGGCCAUGACAACUACAUGUUCACGCAGGAAUCUUCUCAGAUACAAAAGGAUAUUGAAGUGCUUGAGACGACGAACAAACUGAGGGAUCCACAAGAUGCCCUAAAACAGCAGUGUGAGCUCAAUUUGAAGGAAAAAACAUUAACAGCUAACCAAAUGCAAAGUAUGGCCAAACCACCGUUUUUGAAAAAUCAAGAUCGAGAAAUACAACUUGUUGAUGUCAAAGAAAAAGCAAAGGGGAAAAUAAACGAAAAACAUAUUCAAACAGAGUUGUCUAAACAACUAGAAUGGGCUCAAACAUUGCAGACAAAAUUAGAAUCGGUCACAGCAGGGUUGACCGAGGAGCUGCUAACACACACAGCCACAGAAGGCCCAACAGAACCGACUACAGAACCAAUCUUGGUAGAGGGUCAGCCACAUGGAGAGGAAACCAUAACGGACAAGGUACACGUUGUGCAAAGUAAAGAUGUAAACAUUACAGAGCAAGAGGACAAGCAGGUCAGAGCACACCCAGCAGAAGUAGACCAGGGAAUGAAAUCACAACGAAACAAAGACGAUCGUUCAACGGCGGAGCUGAAAGAGAGGUCAGCGGCUGAGGAGGACGAGGUUGAGGUAGCCCAAAAAGAAUGUAUUGAAACAAUAAGAAUCAGCCCCGAUGGAAAAGCAAUGGGAGGGGUGCUAGCUGGGAGAGAACCGGGAGCAGAACAAGCUAAAGAAGGGCAGGAACCAGCAGGGACAAUUCCAGCCGGAGUUCUCAAAAUGAAACAGUCGGAACAAGUUCAAACAGUCAGCGGGGCCCCAGUUGAACCUAGAAAAGCGCAGCUUAGAAAAACAGGAAUAGAAAAAGCAAAGCUGCCUAAAAUGGAUGAAACAAAAGCUGUCUACAUUAAAGUUGACGAUGACAUUAAAGUGAAAGGCAAGGAUGAGCUACUUAGAGCAGAGAAGAUCAAUGCAGAUCCACCUAAAGUGGAAAAGGUCAAAGAUCCAUUUAGAACAAAUCCGGCACCGGCAGAACACUCCAAAGUGAAAAUAGAGAAGGCCAAAGAAGAACCGAACAAAGUAGUGACAGCAGAGGAUGAGCCGCCCAGCACAGAGCAAGGCCGGGCGAGGAUGGAACAUGCAAAAAUAGAACAUGCAAAAGAAAAACGAGAACACGCAAAAGCACUAUCUGAGAAAAGGAUGGAGCAUUCUGUUGAAUCACUAUUGAUAAGAAAGGCAGAAAAGGAUAAGCUCAAACAGGAGCCAGGCCGGGUGGAGAAGGUUAAGACGGAGCUAGCCAAAGCCAGAGCUGAGUUAGCCCAAUUUAAGGAGAAAAUGAAAGAGGAGCAAAAAGUAAAACAGACCAAUGCCAUCGUGUCAAAGGAAGUCGACAAAAACAUUCUCCAGAAGGAAAAACACCCGCCCCCAUACCAACAAACAGAGGAGACUCCUGUCAUAGUUCUGGUUGAUGAGUAUGAACGUGUGAGGGAGAAAUAUGGUUUCAGUGAAACAGCUUUAGCCAAUAAAAACCUGGCCAGUGCCAACGAUGUCGCCUCCCCAAGCCAGGACAUGGAAAUGUCACGACCGCAUAGUGCUAAAGGUGAAGAGGCAUCAGGUAUCAGCAAACCAAGGGAUGCAGAGAAUCCCCAGAUUGCCACUGAGGACGAGGCCAAGAGACCAAACGCUAAAGGCGAGGAAUUCAGGGAGAACCGAUAUGUUUACAGUGAAACCUCCAAAGAGUUUAAAUUAACAAGCCCAUAUGAUUCUCCUUCUUCACUUGUAACUCAACAAAUGGAUAGGGAAAUAGGUGUUGUUAAAAACACGAAGGACAAGGUGUUAAAUACCAAACCAGGGCCUGUGAGUGCCAACAUAGUCGUUUCGCAGCCAGGAGGAUCCAACAUUAAUCCAACUAAAUCUCACAAGAACAUGAACACACAUGAAAGACAACUAAAUCCAAAUAAAUAUUCACAUUCAACUCCUUCACGGACUUUGAGCCAUAAAGAGAGGACCCAGACCAAGCAGGAAAUACUGACGUCUAAGAUAAAAGCUCAUGCUGAAAAGGAGAUUUCGGCGAUAAAGGAAAAGCAUUUCGCAAGUGGAAAGAGUGUACAGCAGAGGCUGCCAUCGCAAGAGGUCACUAAGCCGCUUGACAAAAAUAUCCCUCACAGCGUUGCACCAAGGGAUCAGCAUGCUACAGCACCAUUGAAAACCUCUAUCCCCGACAGUGAAACCACACCACCUGUAAUGCCCUCAAAUGCAACACAAAAGCAAGAACCUUUAAAACGUGUUCAAGACACUGUUGUACCGCAACCCAUGGCAUUAAAAGAAACCAAAAAUAUCAAUAACAGAAAUGAAGAAUUGAAGGCGAGAGAGAAGAAGUCUGCAACAAAGGCAACAUCUCAGAUCAAGGAGGAGAAUCCUAUCAGCCUUGGAAAAGAAGAAGUGAUGAAAGUAAACGUUAUCCAUCAGGCCGCCGAGGACGUCACCACACCUCAGAAGACCAAAGCACAUCCACCACCAUCAAAGCCAGAAGAAAGUCCUCAAAAUGAGACUCCUCAAAGCUCAGACGCAGCGAUAGGGGAAACACUACAACGUCCUGAAGGGGCACCGUUGGUAAAACUUGGGUUCGGUCAGGAUGAGGCCCCAGCCAAUGACGACAGUUUGCAGAUCAUGGGAAUAAUGGUUACUGUUAGAGCAAAAGCUGAAACAGUGGGCACUAACGAUGAAGAUGGAGGUGCUAUAAAGGAAGCCCGAGAGAAAGCAAAGAUUGAUUCUGAAAUUAAUGAUGACAUUAAACCGCCUGGCAUCCUGUGUCUGGAAACAACAAAAGAAAAUAUUGCACAAGAUAUUUCUAACGGUAGAGCAGAGGAGGAAAAACAAUUUGUACACGCAUCCCAGCCCACUGUCGGAAUGCGGUACACUAAAGUGGGUGCAAAUAACCAUCCUGAAAAUGAACCAGAAGAAACAACAGAUCAUCUGGAAAACAAGAUGGCUGACCUCACUUAUAAAAGGCUGACUGCACAAAAAGAAAGCUCUUUAAUGAGAAAAACAUCGAACAGUCACGCUGUCCAUCAAGGAGACCCUGUGGCCGAUAAAGAGAAUUCCUCUGCAAGUAUGAAACCUGCUCCUAAUAAACCAGGGAAAACUCAACCCAUCCUCUUCAAGCAGGGGAAAAUAACUGAAAAGGCAAAGAUCUACACAAAUAAAAAUAGCAGUGAGGCAAAAAGCAACGUCAAAGGUAAUGUUGAAGUGGGCAAUGAUCCCUCACUGGCAAAAGCAAUGGAAAUAGGGUUUGAAUCCCAAACGUCUUCUUUGAAAAGUGACAUCAAGAGUUCCAAAAUGCAGAGCCACCCAGCAUCAGAAAAAUACAAAAUGGCCGAUCCUAUCCCUUUAACGAAAACGGACAAAGUACAAGAUGGAGGAACUGUGCCCCUCCUGGUAGACGAGAGAACACACCCAUCCCUACCGGAAGCAGAACCUCAGAACAAAAACAGCACCUCUCCUGAAUUAAAAGGACCCGGAAAUGUGCAUAUAUCUAUAGGUCAGCAAGGUGCAAGGACACCUAGUGAGGAGAAUCAUCAAGAAGAUGGUAAUGUGCACAUAGGCUGUAUUGCUGUUCGAGUGGUGCAAGGGGUAAUUGUACAAGACGACCAAGAGAAAGCAGGCAAGGAAGUAGUUGCAAUUCAAAGUCUUGCUGAAAUAAUGAACACAGAAAGAAACAGGGACGGAGCCCUACCCUUAACACCAGCAAUCAAACCGUCUGCUGAAAACGUUGUCCACCAAGUCCAACACAUGGGAUCCACCAACCAGAGCCGCAAGGUCACCGACAGCAGUGAAUCAAAACGCGAUGAAGAUGAACAAUCUAAGAUGGCUUCAGCCAAAGCAGUGGGUGAAAGCAAUACCACGGUCCAGGCAACAGAGGAAGAGUAUUUCCAGUUUCAGGGGGUAACAGAAAGAAGCCAGGAACCAGAUGACGCUAUGCUAAACAGCACAGGUGUGCCAGGUUUGCCCAAGGAACACACAGAAGAAUUAAGUGAACCGAGAACGUCUACAAGUGGAGAUGUUACCGGUUUGCAAUCGGACAAAACUUCUGUGAAAACAGAACCGUCCUCGCAGCCGAAAACAGAGCAAGUGACAAAUGAAGACAUGGUUUUAGACAACACCAGCAAGACCACUAUGGAAUCUGAUUCAGCAGCCUCUGAAAAUAUGAGUCAAAGUGAUAAAAGUGGGCAAGAUACAAAGAACAGCCGUCUAUUCCCAGAGAGACAAAGCAAUCAAAGUUUACAUAAUACAGAGACCGGGCAGGAAGUUCCGAUUUUAAAACAGGCCACGCAGAAUACAUUUCAUGCAUCAGGAAAGGAAAAGCAGAGUGUAAGGGAUUCUCAUUCAACCAGGAAUAAUAGAGUAAGUGCAUCCAAGGAACAGCCUUAUGACAAACAACAAGCCAAAUCCAAACCUAGGGCCUCCACAAUACCAGAGAUUUCGGCUAUUGCGGACUACGCCAGAUUGAAAGUGAUCGCUGCAGAAGACGAGCCAGAUACAAUACAGGAAUUCCCUCCGAACAAAAAGGAAGGCUUUUUCCCCAUGAUACAGUCUCGUCACAGCAGGCGCCCAGUCUUCACUGCAGAGACACCAGAGCGAAAGACGGUGAGUAAGAAGACAGUGUCGAGGGAGCCAGAACCAAGCCUCAAAGUGGAAAAGGAGCCCAAACAUCUAGUGUUUUCAACCAUGGAACAAGACCACAAAAGGACUGGAAUGUUCAAACUGAGAGAAAAAGAAAAUGUGCUUUCAGAUGUCAAAACAAAAGACAAGGCAGAUGAUGAUAAAAUGCGUACACAAGAUCCUACAGGGACUCCCCAGGCAGGGUCUGAAGACUUCCAGUAUUGGUCACGGGACACGGCCAAACCUGUAGGUCCAACGUUGAGUUCCUCUGCCAAUAUCAACCAAACAAAUACAUCUUUAUCACAGCACUCGGCUCAGCCUGACAACUCCACUACGACCGAAAGACCCCAAGGUGGUGAGGUAUUUACUGAACCAAGGACAGGGCCACAGGUGGAUCACAAUUCACAUCAACAAGCCAUGUUUGGGAAAAUGUUCAACAAAGGCAAGAACAGAGGGGACAGAAGCAAUGCAAUAGUGAGCGAGGCGAAAUCCAAAGAGAAUGAGGAGGCAAUGGCAGCCAAACAGAGACAGGAAAAUAAAAUCAUUCAACAGAUUAACGAGGAGAGGAGAGCUACUCUGGAGACCCAGAAAAGAGAAGCGAGGAGAGCCAGAGAGAGAGAGGCCAGAGCUGCUAGGAUCGAGGAGGAUAGGAGGGAAACCCAGAGAGAAGCGGAAAGAAUAGCAGAGGAGGAAAGGAGGGAGACCCAGAGAGAAGCAGAAAGAGUAGCGGAGGAGGAAAGGAGGGAGACCCAGAGAGAAGCAGAAAGAGUAGCAGAGGAGGAAAGGAGGGAGACCCAGAGAGAAGCAGAUAGAGUAGCGGAGGAGGAAAGGAGGGAGACCCAGAGAGAAGCUGAUAGAGUAGCAGAGGAGGAAAGGAGGGCACAGCUGCUCAAAGAGAAAACCGCUCAGGAGGAGAUGGAGAAGAAAAGAGAAGAGGAGAAUAGAGUGGUUGAGGAGGAGUGGAGGAAGAAAAGGAGAGAAGAAGAAAGGAGGAAGAAGGAGACGGAAGAGAGGAUCGCCGCCCAGAUCCAGGAGGAGAUGAGGAGGGCCAAACAGCGGGAGAAGGAGAGACGCGCGCUUGAGGAAGAGGCACGAGUAGCAAAGGAGGUGGAGGACAAGAGGAGGGACAGGCGGCGAGAGGAGGACAGAAGAGUGGCUCAGAUACAGGAGGAGAGGAGGGCCGCUCAGGUAGAGGAGCAGAGGAGAGAGAGGGAGGAGGAGAGGAGAGAGAGGGAGGAGGAGAGGAGAGAGAGGGAGGAGGAGAUGGCCCGAGCAGAGGAGGAGAGGAGGGCGAAACACCGAGAGAUAGAACAGAGGAUAAAGGAGCACGAGGAAAGGAGAGCUGCCAAGCUGGAGGAGGACAGAAUGAACAGAAAGCAAGAAGAGGCUCACAGGCAGCAGGAAAGACGAGGAGAAACCAGAGAGGAGGGAGAGCUGCCUGCUCCGAUGGUGGAGCGGGAGGGACAACAGGUGGGGAUGGAGGGAGCACCACCUUCUCCACGGAUGGAGGCGAGGAGAGCAGCUCCGUUGAUGGACGCUCUGCAGUACUACGCCAUCAGCUCCUCUGCAAACUCCAAGGAGAAACAACCGCUCUCCCCCGUGUCCCCCCGGAGACGAGGGGAGCCCACCAAGCAGGGGUCCACCCCGGACGAGUCUCUCAGUAGUCCUCCAGCCCCGUGCUCUCCGGCUCCGGUUCCCCCCCGCUCCACGGCCUCGUCCCCCGCCCCGGGACCCAAGCCCACCAUGUUCAGGGUGAAGGACAACACCCUGAGGGCGUCCCCGCUGACCAAGUCGGUCAAGCCGCGCCUGCACAAGAGCUUCGGCGAGGACUUCAGGGUGGGCUCCCCGUUGGCCGAGCGCAGGGAACCGGACAGAUCCGAGGAGGAGCGCGACGGAGCGAGACGCAGCGCUGGAACCCCCGUCCACCAAGACACCGUCAGCAGGUCCUACAGACCGCUCAGUGUGAAGGAGUCAAUGGCGCCGCCGUCGGAGCCGGAGCCCCGCGCCGCUCGGGCAGAUCCCCGGCCCUACUCCCGGAGGAGCACGGCCCCGGACGAGGACGACUCUCGCUCCUGCGUCAGUAACGUGUCCGAGGACGUGGAGAGCUUCGCCACCAGUGUGGGGGACAUGUCUGAUUUCAGGGGCUUCUGCGACUACGACAGGCCCGAGUCGGCGUGCAGCUUCAGCAGCGACGUGUCCCGCUCCCUGGGGAAGCCUCCGUCUGUGCCGCCCAAGAGCGACAAGGCGCUGAGGCGGGCGCUGCGGCUCACCACGCGCAGGAUGAAGAAGGGCUUGAUGAAGACGCCUGAGGAGGCCCCGGCCCCAGAGGAGGACCCCCUCCGCUCAGCCCGUAGUUCCUCCUCCAGCGCCAGUGAGCUCCGGUCCUCCUACCACCACGCCCGGGCUUCUCCUCACUUCUCUGCUCCUUUCUCCCUCCCCCACGCCCCGGCACCGACCUCUAGCACGCCCUCCUCCUACGCCGAAACGCCCGCCGCUUACCGCUACUCCCACGCCUCGCCGCACGCCACUGGCUCCAUCAGCACCCCUCACGCCGCUGGCUCCAUCAGCACCCCUCACGCCGCUGGCUCCAUCAGCACCCCUCACGCCGCUGGCUCCAUCAGCACCCCUCACGCCACUGGCUCCAUCAGCACCCCUCACGCCGCUGGCUCCAUCAGCACCCCUCACACCGAUGGCUCCAUCAGCACCCCUCACGCCGCUGGCUCCAUCAGCACCCCUCACGCUACCCUCCCUGUCUCCACCCCAUUCGCCUCCGCUCACACCAGCGCCGCCACCCCGCAUGUCAGCGCCCCCGCGUACCCCCCAGUGGCCUCCCCUCGCCGCGCCCCCGCCGCCCCUCCCCCCGUGGCCCCUAAACCCAUGGCUAGUACCCCCUCUUCCCCUGUUCUCCGCAGGCGCGCGGUGGUGACCCCGGUGAGGCAGUACCACGUGGAGCCCGGCUACGCCCCGUCCUACCCACUCACCCAGCCCAAGGUGCUGCAGGACCCGGGCUCCGGACAGUACUACGUGGUGGAGAUGCCCGUCGAGGUCCAGACCAAGACCUUCUUCGACCCCGAGACGGGCAAGUACGUCCAGCUGAACGUGCGUCAGUCGGCCCGGGGGGGCUUCCAGGCCCCGGCCCAGCACGCGGCCUAUCAGCAGCCUCGGAUCGCCCAGCCCCAGAUGCACGUCCAGGCGCUGCCGCAGGCGUACCCCCAGGUGGCCACGCCCGGGAAGUCCUUCGUGGUGUACCCGGGGUACCCCCCGGGGCGGCAGGCCACGCCCGUGUCCACGCUGCCCCCCCAGAGGUCGUACUCGGGGAUGUCUCUCCCUGAGACCCUGCCCCCCCCGGGGCAGUCCGCCAGGGGGGGGCAGAACGAUAGCUACCAAGGGUACAACGCGGAGGAAACUCCUUAUAUGGACACGGCCUAUGAGACGGACACGAUAUGUGACACAAACAAAGUCCACCGUGGGGGCUACGAGAAGCACCCCGAGACGCGCACAGUCAUCCGUCUCCAGGGGGGGUCCUUGGGCUACGAGAACGAUACGAUACCGGCCCCGUCCAGCCAAGAACAACGUGACAUCAUAGCCAUGAGUGAGCUGGAGGACUUCAUGGAUGUGUCUGAUUGGUGA